AACGAAGAAAACACUUAAUCUCUGUAUCCGAAUGCCAACAAUCCAAAUAGUCGAACGCUAAUUAACCUCACCAGGUUUCUAUUUUCCUUCAUAUUCGUAUUUCAAUACUUCAAAUAAUGGUCGUUGCACACACCGACAUUCAGGAUAACAAUAAUAACGAUAAUAAUAGAUCUGAUGAGAACCUUCAGACUGCAGAUGGAAUCCAGUUGAAAAGCAAACCUAACAAUGAUAACUCCUCUGCUAAUCAUCCACCAGUGAAUACACCUAGCCAACAUCAGUCAAUCAAUUCAUCAACAAAUCAAAAUGAUUCAGGGCAUAAAAUCAAUAAUGAAAGCAAACCUCAGCAGACGAAAUCCACCGAUGUAUGUGCAGCUGAUGAUAAUGAAGAGAAAAUAUUAGCUGAAUUAUUCAAUAGGAAACAGUUACUGUUACAACGUCUUUCUGAAGAAAUGGAAAAAUAUGAACAAUUAUGUUGGGAAGAAAUGGCGAUUACUAGAACAAUAUCAGAUCAAUCAUUUCUCCCAUUGAAUCAUUUGAAUGUACGUUGCAAUAGUGAAACAAGAAAUCCUUUCAACACAACACCACGUGUAAUUUUAGAUCAGACAAAUAGUACAGCUAACAGUACAAAUAGAUCUAGAGGUAUAGCUGCACGUUUAAAAUUUCGUAAUUCUCGAAGAUCAAAAAGUGCUCAUGAAAGAAUACCUGAAGUAAGUGAAAUUGUUCUAAUUACUAGGGUUUAG